AUGCUCGAAGCGGCUUACAAGACGGACUGGGAGGGACGGCUGGCCAAGGAGUCUGCGGAAAUUUCGCCGCGAUCUGCGGCGGAGGACGAAAUGGAAGGCGAGAAGGUGAUCGCGAUUGUCGACGAGACGUUUCAGGUGAUGGGGACAUUUAACUUGGCGGAUUUCGUUCCGUGGCUCAGCCCUUUGGACCCGCAGCGCAUCUACUGGCGCGCAAAGCGGCUUAAACCGAAUGUUGAUGGGUUCCUGCUUUCCUGCAUCGAGGAGAGAAGCCGGAUGCUAAAAAAGCGGAGAGAGGAAGAGGAGCGAGAAAAUAUGGGUACAAAUGGAAAAGCGGGGGUUGCGGGGACGGGAGGGGGGGAUGGUGGUGAGAGAGCGAUGGUGGAUGCUCUGUUGGAGAUGGAGGGUGAAGGGGAGGAUAGGGUUACCAGGAAACAUAUUAUGCUGCUUUGUAUGGACAUGAUGAAUGCUGGCACUGACACCACUGCUAAAACCGUGGAAUGGGCCCUUGCUGAGCUGGCACGCCACCCGGCCGUGCUGGAACGUCUCCAAGCUGAGGUGGAUGCGGCGCAUGCCAAGUCAGCUGCAGCAGCAGCAGCAGCAGCAGCAGCAGCAGCGGCAGCAGGAGGAGAAACCAAUGGGAAACAGGGCGCUGAAAAUGCGUCGCUUCCAGUACAAGAGAUGCCAUAUCUUCAGGCGGUGAUUAAAGAGACUCUGAGGCACCACCCACCAGUACCGCUCCUUAUCCCUCACGUGACAACUGCCAGCGUUGCUCUUGGCGGUUACACCCUCCCUCCAGACACAAUCAUUCAGAUCAACGGCUGGGGUCUUGCUCACGAUCCAACGGUCUGGACCAACCCCGAUGAAUUUGACCCCAGCAGGCGUGGGUGUGUGGGGAUGAACCUGGGCAUGGAUCUAUCUGCUCGCAUGCUGGCAAAUUUUAUUUAUCGGUUUAGCUUGAAGCUGCCCGAAGAUGUGAUCAAGUCUGGUGGAGUGGACUUGAGAGAGGAGUUUAGUCUUACUGUGGCACUGGCAAAGCCACUGCGGCUUGUGCUCCUGGAGAGAAAGUGA